GACAAAACUAAAAACUUUCUCUUUCCUUUCUCCAAAAAUGGGUCUCUGCUAGAAACCUCAAACCUUUUGAAUGUUACAACUUUCAAUCUUUCCUGAAAAUUGUUAAAAUUUUUGUCUUUGGAUAAUAAUAAAAUAUUUAAUCUCGUUUCCUUGACUCUUCCAUUGUGAAUGGAGAGAGAGGGAAACGAUUAUGAUUUGGGAGGAGACAAGUCUCUCCCUGUUUCUUCAUCUUUGGAUGAUAAUGAUAAAAAUUCCAUUUUGAACUCUACCCUUUUGUUGGAUCAUGUUGGAGAGGUCACCCUUACCUUUCACUCAAAUGGGUUGUCUUGGAAAUUGAUGGAACCAUUGGAAAAUGAUGUUUCAUCUUGCUUAGGCAUUAAAUAUGUUUCCAAGAUCGUUACUGAGAUCAAACUUUCAGACAUAUAUGCUGUUGAGUUGAUUGAUAACCGUUUGACUCACAUAUCAAAUCUCCCUCGCACCACUGAACGUACAUGUUCCGGUCAUGACAUAAAGAUGUACUACUUUACGGUGCAUGGUUUUAUAAGGAGCAAGAAUCAACCUUCGCAGUGGAUCCUAGCUGAAUACACUUUCGGUCAUAAACAUUUGCAAACAUGUCAAAUGUGGGUAAAUCAACUUAAUGAAUCUUUGAAACUUGAAAUUGAAAGACCGAAGAAUCUUCUGGUUUUUGUUCAUCCAAGGAGUGGGAAGAGUAAUGGCUGUAGAAACUGGGAAGCUGUGGCUCCGAUAUUCUCGCGUGCCAAAGUGGAAACAAAGGUGAUUGUGACCGAGAGAGCAGGACAAGCAUUUGAUAUGAUGUCAAAUAUAACAAAUAAGGAGCUUAACUCUUAUGAUGGUGUUAUAGCUGUUGGUGGUGAUGGAUUUUUCAAUGAAAUCCUAAAUGGGUUUCUUUCUCCCAGGCUUAAAGCUCCCUACCCACCAACUCCUCCUGAUUUUGUUCAUUCGGCUAAGGAUAAUGGUGAUUCCUUGGUUGUCGACGAAAAUGAAAUACUUGAAGAGACUUCAAGUCAAAGUGAAGACCAAUUUCCUCUGAUUUCAAGUCCAAACCAACGUGCCCCUAAAAUAUCGAAUUCUAAUUCAGAAGAUAAGGCUCCCGAGUUUCCUGUUCCUAAUGAAUGGUUUAGAUUUGGGAUCAUUCCCGCAGGUUCAACCGAUGCCAUUGUGAUAUGUACAACUGGAACUCGAGAUCCUAUAACUUCUGCAUUGCAUAUUGUCCUCGGUAAAAAGGUGCACCUUGACAUAGCUCAAGUUGUGCGAUGGAAAACAACUCCUAGAUCCGAGGUUGAACCUUUUGUGCGCUAUGCAGCUUCCUUUUCAGGGUAUGGAUUUUAUGGUGAUGUUAUCACAGAGAGUGAGAAGUAUCGCUGGAUGGGUCCGAAACGUUAUGAUUAUGCUGGAACUAUGGUAUUUUUAAAGCACAGGUCAUAUGAGGCAGAAAUAUCAUACCUAGAUGUUGGAUUAGAGGAAACCAAUUCGACUUCCAAAAGGAAUCGUGAAAGUAGCCUGUUACAGUCAUUGAAAGCUCAACGUAGAGCAGAAAGAUGUAUCUGCCGUAUUAAUUGCAAAGUUUGUAAUGAAAAGCCAAACAAUGCAGCCACUGAAAUUUGCAGCCUAACACCUCAUCUAUAUUCAGAAAAGAGAUGGGUGAAAUCCAAAGGACGGUUUCUUAGUGUUGGAGCUGCUGUAAUCUCUUGCAGAAAUGAAAAAGCACCUGAUGGUUUGGUAGCUGAUGCACACCUUUCAGAUGGUUUUCUUCAUCUCAUAUUGAUUAAAGAUUGUACUCAUGCUUCUUAUUUGUGGCACUUGACUCAAUUUACAAGAAGAGGGGGAAGCCCUUUGAACUUUAAGUUUGUUGAACAUCACAAGACACCUGCAUUUUCUUUCACUUCUUCUGGCAAUGAGAGUGUAUGGAAUGUGGAUGGUGAGAUGUUUCAGGCACACCAACUCUCUGCUCAAGUGUUUCGCGGUCUUGUAUGCAUGUUUGCAACUGGUCCUGCAGUUUAAUUGAAGCUUGGUUAUGGUAUUAGAUGGAACCCUGAUAAAGAAUAUAGUACCAAGAACUAUUGUAUGUACAUAUAAAUACAUAUAUCUGCAGCAAUGCCUAACUUAUAUUAGGUGGAAGAUUGGAGGAUCUGUGAAGAGCUAUGUAGCACCAACACUUUAAGAUGAAAGGCGUGUUUGGUUUCUGACGUGUGUGAUGUCGAAUACCGACAUGAUACCGACAUAUUUAGUACAUUUCAUUGCUUCAAACUUUUAAAUUAUUACUGUUAUCGAUUUGUCAAUGUCGGUAUUGUGUCUGAUAUCUGUUGAUAGGUAAAGGAGAUUUUUUUGUUACAUUUGAGUAUAUAUAUGUAACCCUUGGUUCAUUGUUUUAAUAUUUUUAUAAGGGGGAUUAUUGUAUCAUGAGCAUCAGAUGCAGGUCACCUUAAUAUUGGGUGGUAGCAUGUGUUCUUUGAUGGUUGUUGUAGUUAUUAUGUGUAUGUAGCAAAGUCAUAAUCUAUGUCAUGGAUGUUGUAUUUUUCAUGAAUAAAUAAAGAUGACAACAAGGAAGUAUUCUUGUGCAA